GAUAAAGGGAAACCCUGGCUAACCCACGUCAUCAACUGCUACUUGUACCCGACCUCUUAUCCCCACAGCCGUCAUUGGCACAAGGUGGACUGACCCAAGUGAGCCCACAUGUGUCAGUCCCACGUCAGGUAAAUUAUGAAAGCAAGAACUGGACCGCUGCCCGACUGUGGGCCAGCUGCUGUCACUGCAGGGGAAGAGUGAGUGAUCCCUCCACAGUGUCAGAGCUGUUUGUUCCCAAGAUCGAUUAAAUAAACAUUUGUCUUUGGCAGCGAGGUGCCCUGGUCGUUCAUUCGCUCAGGUUCACCAGUUUGAAUGUAUGCAUGCGUGGGGGGAGGCAUGCAUACUCACAUGUGCUCACGCCAUACUGGACAACUUGGGGUCAGUGUUGCACUGGGAGGGGAAUUUAUUGUCUGGUCAGAGUAACGAGCAAGAAAAGAGUAGAAGACCUAAUGAGACUUCCAAGAAUUUUUCUCAUCCAUCUCGGUCUACAACCAUCUCCUUCCAGCUGGGCUGUGAUAAUUGUGGUUCCUAAUCCUCAGUCGUCCAAAAACCCAGAGCCCUAUACUUAAAGAUCUGAAAUACCCAGAACCCCUUGCUUAUCCUGGAACUUAACACAUAAAUUCCUGAACCCUUAUUUUCACCACCCUGUGAAUUAAAAUCAAUGUCCAACCCAGAACCCAUUAUUAGCUACCGUCUCUGAACUCCUCUCUGAUCACACACUACCUGUCAACUUUUAGUGAUACUUACGACCCUUCGAUUUCCCAAAACCUUGUCAGCCAUCAUGGCCAUGGAUCAGUGGCCCUUCCUCUCGACCCCCCCGAACACCUCCAUCCCCGAGCCCCUCCUGUACGACAGCUACAUCCAAGGGAAUGAGUCUGACCUGGACAUGAACAUCUCAGGGACCAGAGAGCGUCACCAGGACAAGACCAGCUCCGUGGUCAUCACCUUCAUCUACUUCAUGGUGUGCUCGGUGGGGCUCUGUGGCAACGCGCUGGUCAUCUAUGUAAUCCUGCGCUAUGCCAAAAUGAAGACGGUGACCAACAUCUACAUCCUGAACCUGGCAGUCGCAGAUGUUUUGUGCAUGAUGAGCUUGCCGUUCAUCGCCCUGCAGCUUGCGCUGGUGCACUGGCCCUUUGGAGAGGCUCUUUGCCGAGUGAUCAUGACUGUAGACUCUCUCAAUCAGUUCACCAGCAUCUUCUGUCUGAUGGUGAUGAGCAUCGAUCGAUACUUGGCUGUGGUCCACCCCAUUAAAUCUACCAAAUGGCGGAAGCCCCGUGUGGCCAAGCUAAUUAACCUGACCGUGUGGGUUGUGUCGCUGUUGGUUAUUCUGCCAACUAUGAUCUUCAGUGGCCUGGACAAGGUGCCGGUAUGUGGCAUCGUGUGGCCGGAGCCCCAGGACAUCUAUUACACAGCCUUCAUAUUCUACACCUUCUUCAUUGGUUUCUUCAUGCCCCUCGUGGUCAUAUGUAUGUGCUACCUGCUCAUUAUAAUCAAGGUGAAGUCGUCUGGCAUGAGAGUGGGCUCCACCAAGCGCAAGCGCUCCGAGCGUAAGGUGACAAGGAUGGUGUCCAUUGUGGUGGCGGUGUUCGUGCUCUGCUGGCUGCCGUUCUACAUUUUCAACGUCACCUCCGUCACCAGCUCCAUCAGCCCCACCUCUGCUGUGAAGAGCACCUUCGACUUCGUGGUGGUCCUGGGCUACGCCAACAGCUGCGCCAACCCCAUUCUGUAUGCCUUCCUGUCGGACAACUUCAAGAAGAGCUUUCAGAAAGUCCUGUGUCUGAAAAAGGUGACGGGCCUGGACGAGAUCGAGCGCAGUGACAGCCGGGCGGACAGGAGCCGGAUGGUCAUCGAUGCUGUGCACAACGCCAACUUGGAGACUCACAACGCCGCCCUGCUCCAUUCCGAACUGCAGACCAGCAUCUGAGGAUAAAAUGGUAGCAGUCACAUCGAGGGAGGCCAGAGAGACUGAGCGGCGGUGCUUGGGGACGAUGGGCUACCCGUGCACUGCUAGUGACCUCGGCUCAAUGGCGCUGGGGCGGGAGGAUGAUGUAAUAGCUGCUGCUCAUGGACACUGACACAUGAGCAAAGUGAGUGAAAAAAAUAAACAAUUUCUUAAGGGUUUUCUAAAAGGUCGGGGAAAGUACACUGACUCCAGAUCAAACGCUUGAUAUUUGGGCUAAUGGGGACACUUGAGCUGAUUAGCCCUGAGCUGAAGCAAAUGUAUGAUAUGACAAAUUAUUGCCAACACUGUAGACAAAUCAAACACAAACAAGACUGCAGCUCUCGCUCACCAGCCUGGGACUACUAUCACGUUACUAGAAAAAACAUGCAGACAGAACCCAAAUCAAAAGAAGACCUUCGAUCGGAGAGUGGACCCACUGGAGAAAAUGUGAGCAGUGAUGGACAUUUCCAGAGCUUUCAAGGUCGAGCAUUGAUUUCUCUGAAUGUGGAAGGACUGUUGGAGAAGUGGGACAAACAUUUCGACGGCACUGUAACUCUCCCGAGAUUUUGAAAGAUGAAAAUCAGCAGCCAAAACUCAAAGAUGACUUCUUUCAUGGUCGUGUCUUACUCCAUCCAGCUGACUCGUCUGGUCUCGCAUAAUCGACAGUGCAACAAAAUGGUAAAACUGUCAAAACAAAUCUUAUUCACCCUCAAAGGAAGGAUGCUCUUUUCCCUGUCAACCUCUGAGUGGAAACAGCUGCAUUGAUCUGUAACUGCUUGAAUUUAACAUCGUGGAUUAUUGAUUACGUGGAAGGAUGGGAAAACAUCUUGGGAGCCGCUCCGACCUUGCGUACUUCAGAACAGCUUGACUUUGUAAAUAGGAAAUGGUUUUUUUUCUUCUUGUCAACCUCUGAGGGAAAGAACUUCAUGCCCAAGCCCAAACCAAUCUCGAAGGCAAACCCUGCUGUAAAAUUCUGCAUUGUUGUGAUAUGUGUCAAGAGCGGCUUUGAAACUGUGUUUGCGGAAUCCAUCGUGGGUAUGUUGUACGUCACUGCAGCCUGGUUUCUGUGCCAGAGAUGCAGCUAAGAAGAGCCCAUUUCUUCUUGUAAAGUUUUGUGUUUUGACAGUGUAAUAUUUCUGUAAUAUUUUCAGAGUUUAACGACAGGAAAAUGUAUCACUUUGUCAAAGGGGGAGAGGGUGAAGAAGAGAAGCACAGGGAAGAAGUGCAGAGCUUGAGUUCUCAUCAUAUCUAAUGAGAGCACGACACAGAGAAGACAAAGUUUGAGUGGGCUGCAGGAUUGCAGAUGCACAGAAGAGAUGGAGAUGUGUGGCUCAGAGAGCUAUACACCGAAACACAAAUAUAAUCUAUUUUUAUUGCAUUUUGUUCUCAAUAUAAUUAUAUAAUUAGUUUUCUCAAAACAAUAUAACUGCAAUGAUGGUUGGGCAACAAUGACCACCAUAUUGUUGUUUGUCCUGCCACAUUUUUAUAAUGAACCACAAAAAGAAUCAUAAAACAUAAAAGAGAUUUCUACUGUCGGACGCUAUCGUCCAUAAAGUUUUUACCGUCCAAUCGGACGGUCAGACCUCAUAAAAUCAGCUGCUGUUAUGGACAAACCCACAAGUGGAGUCCAGUUCUCUCUCUCAUGCUCAAACUUCUCUUUCACUCUUUCGUCUGUCGACCUAUCAAUUGGAAUCUGAUACCUUUGAGGGUGACCUUGUGCAUGUGCUACCGCUUUAAAAUAAAUUAACUAAAGUACGCUCUAGAUUUGCACAAUAGGAACAAAAGAGGAUUACAUUUCUUUAAAGUAUAGAUGUGGGUGAGGGCUGCUUUUACAAGGUUGGUCAGUAAGAUUAGCUAAACAGGACAUGCAUCUGUUCAUACUGGAUUUUAAAGCUGGCUAUUAAAAUCCAGUAUGAACAGUUCCCGGUUUGCCCAGUUGAUAAUCCAGUACAAGAGACAUGCAAUUUACUAAUUUAUGAAUAUAAUGUUUUGUUAUGCUUUAAUAUGUAUACAGAGCAUUCAUAAAUGACAAACACUGGUAAAACAUGAAUACACAACAUGCUAAAUCAGGUCACUGGGAUGUCAGAAGCAACAUACAGAGCACAUGCAGUCAUUGCUAGGGGACCCAGUGACGUUAGUUUCUAUGGAUACCAGUGAAAACUAUAACCAACACAUGGCAGUUCAGUGUCAUUGUUACUAAGCAAAUAACACAAAAAGCAUUGUGUUAACAGGAAUUCGACUCAAUGCAUCUUACACGGCAUUCAGUGAACUGGAUGAGCAGUGAAAAAAUCCUGGAUUCGCCAUCUGAUCCGGGACAACACGAAAACUGAAUGGGUUCUUCCCCGAUUCUUCCUGUUGUUUUUGUGUAAUUCUGCCAACAAGCAAACAUACAAACCAACUAACAAACACACAGACAGACAGGGGAAGUUUGGUUACUUUAGCUACUACCUGAGGCCAUAUCAUUUAUGUGACUGAACAUAGAAACAAGGUACUACAACAAUGCUCUCAAUCUCUCUUGUAACUCUGGCUUCCUUGUUAACGUCUAUCUUAAUGUUUAUCGUACACAGGUUAGCAGAGCUGUAACUCACAUAACAAUGUCUACAGGAGGAAUCAGGUUAAAAGCAGCUCUUUCUACGUGAUUGAUGCUACAAAAACAUCCUGACAUGUCAUGAUUGACAGCUGACACUGACUCUCUGGCUGAGUGCUUGGACCUUUCUACUGUAGCUCUGUACUCCGAUUGCUGAACAUUCAUUCAUUAUCUACUCACCGCUAUGCAGAUCGAGUCGAGGGCGAAGAGUUUGAGUCCACUAGCUGCUGGACUCUCGCGAGAACUCGGAAGUAUCGCGAUAACUAUCGAUAGCUGAAGUUACUGGAGAAUAACAGCGGACAUUUAGGCUCAAAACACGGUGUAAAUGACACUUGUAUGACAGCACACAAGCAGUAUACUGUUGUUUUUUUUACAUUUGAAGAAGUGGUCGCCAUUUAAUUUAAUUAUAUUGGUUUUGGUUGAAACGCUGUUUACCCUUGAAUCUCCAAAAGUGUUUUUCUGGAGUCAAACACGUCACCCACCUGAACAGAUAAUGAGUGAAUCUUCAUUCUUGGGGUUAACUAUCCCUUUAAGUUGCACCAUUUUACAUCUGGUAUAUCAGUUUCUACAAAUUGAACUUACUGGUUAUUUAGCUUUCUUAAAAAAACAGUUGGCUUAAGUGUGCUGAUUGCUUUAAGCUUCAGAUUCCCAGUACCUGAUACAAAGGAGCAGCAACAAAAGAGCGUGUCACAAUAAUCUGAAUUUGGAAACCUUAUCACUCCAUUAAUGCUGAUUGACUGAGCCCACGUCAACGGCAGAUACAAGCUUCAGUUUGAGCUAUGUGGCUGUUUGUGCACAGGGACUCCAUGAUGGAGACACACACGGUUGCUGGGAGAUUUGUCACACAACUGCAAAGUAAUAAGGCCGUCCUCCUUAUCCUGCAGUGUCACAUUCACUCAGAGUCCCAGUACAUCGUUCAAGCCAAACUGUAAAUGUGUGAAGCAGUCCAAGACCAAAGGCUUUCUGUGAGGGAAACCAACAACUCACAGGUCUGGAUUCAAUUCAACUCACUGACCCUGGAACCGCAGUAUUACAAUGUACUGCUUUAAAUGAAAUUAGAUGGAAAUUAGAUGAAAAAAGAGAUAGACAGCAACAUAAGUGGUAAAAAACAUAAAUAUUCAGCAAAAUAAUUUAACAUCGAUCAACAUCUCAUUUUCAGUCUGAGAAGGAAGAAGCAACAUGCUUUUCUCUUCCUACCACUAUUCUCUAUGAAAUCAUCAAACAGAAACGACAAACACAACUCCAUUCUUCCCCCAGUGUCCAACCGUCCACUACAUCGCGGAACUCUUCUUCUCUUAUGUUCUUAAUCGGCUCUCCAACCCUGUCAGUGUUUUCUGUACCUCUCAUAAACGAUGUAUUAAUACAUAUUUUUAAACUUACUGAGUUUUUUAGCUUUGUUUGAUUUCCUUCCUCCGGCCGUUCCACCAAAAAUGAUGAAUUACACCCCAACACAACAUUUGUACAGUAUGUUUCCAGGAAGUAGAUGAUUUCUUGACGUGUACUUGUCUUAAAUUCCACCAGAUCCAUGACUUUCAAAACAAUUAAUUAAUGUGUUGAUAUCUGACAUUGUGUACGAUCCUUUCUGUGAUCAGAGCUCUUUUUGUAGUGAGCAUCGUGGUUGCAGGCAGGUUUUAUAAGUGUAACAUUAAACCGUGAAUCACUUAUCAUUACUUAAUUGUUAAUUGUGCUCUAUCUCUCUCUCUCUCUCUCUCUUUCUCUCUCUUUCAUUUGCGUGCAUGGGCUGGUGAAGAAUAUGGGCUGACACACAUUUAAACCAUCCAAGCUGAACUGAGCUGAAGUGAACUGAACCAUACUGAGGAAGACACACGAUGUCUGUCACUGCCACUGGCUGUUUGGACAUAACUAACUGACCUAAUGUACGUCCUGAUGUUUAAUAGAUGUUAAUAAGACGGUUUGUGUCAAAACCAGUGUAAAUGUAGCUCUAAAAAGGACAGCCGUGGCGAUGACACGGUGCCUGCGGUCACUGCCAUGUCUCUCUCAUUUUCAUGAAAUGGAGACCUGAAUACGUCUCUGAAAUGAGGUCGUGCCGUGUUCUGGAAAACGACGUGAUUAUCUGGGUUGACACCGAUCUCAACUUGCUUGGUUCAGCUCAGAGCCAAAUGUAAAAAGGCUGUUUGUGUGGGUAUCUGGCUGAUUCCUGCCACUCUGCAGUCGAGAGGCAGAAGCAGGGGGCAUGGGAAACCUCUCUGUUGCUGAGUUUGGUGUGUUCCUUUUCUUUUUCUUUUUCUUGAAGCAUUAGUUAAUUUGCGAAGGGCUAAAACGUGCACUCCAGAGGAUGCACCGUUCAAUAUUAAACUCUGUGUAUUUGUGGUAUGCAUCACUUGUCUCUUGCGACCUCUUUUGCUAGAUAAACGCUCAGAAAAACAAAAGUACGAAAUAAUGUUGAAGUUGUACAGUGGUUUGUCUUUGUGUUUAGCAACAAGAAAUGCAACCAAUAAGGUCAUGAUCGGCAGCACAAACGGUGUUAAAUAAAUAAAAUGUAUGUUUUCCACAAUACAGAUUAUAAUUCUGACAAAUUUGAGGUGAGCUGCUCAUAACGUACCCUUGUUUCUGAAAGUGUGCUGUCAUGCAGGGUGUGCGAUUAUUUUGAAAUUAUAACUAGGUAAAGUGCUGCGACAUGAGUACUGUUUAUUUAGCAAAUUGACAUUUUUAAAUGUAUAAUUGUCCAAGUGGAACUAUCCAUGGUACUGAAAGAGUGCUUUAAUAUUGGCAUGUAAAAUCAGCACUUAAAUUUUGGUUUUGUUGGGUAUGAUCGCACCCACCCCCGUGUGUGUGCAUGAGGAAAGGAAGGCACGAGUGGGAUAAUGUUUUGCUGAGUCUAAUUUGAAAAAAUGGAUUCAAAAUAUUCCUGGAACUACAGUGGUUGAGUUUUUUUAAUUUGUACUUGUGCCAGACGACAGGUGUGGGACAACUUCUUACAUGACAGGUGUUAAAAUGAUGUUUAUGUUGCACCUAAAAAAAAUUGAAUGCAUGUUGAGCCAACGUUGUCUUUACAUUCUGACAUUGGUUCAAUUGUCAUCAUUUUAACCCCUGAUGAAAUAGAGGUUAAGAAUUUUUUCGACUUUGUUCUAUGAUGUUAUGUUUUCUGGGAGACUCACAGGCUUCACCUUUUAUAUUAACCAACUGUGGUUCGUGAUUUGCAGUAUUGUCAUUCAGAAAAAUGUUCAAAAACAGACCGCACCCUGCAGACAUGAAUAUGUACUUUUCUGCUCUGUUACUUUUGUCUAUGUGCCUUGGAACUUCAGCUGCAUAUAAUAUCAUGUGAAGCAACACAAGAUUUGAACCUGUUUAUCCCAGUAGCCGAGCAACCAAAGGCCUUUGUAUUGUACAGACAUGUCGGUAACAAAAACAUCACAGACACUUGCUGUAUAUUAUUUUAAAUACUAGUACCCUGGCUUACAUAGCUUAUGUUGUGUGUUUUAAUGUAAGAAGCAGAUGUUUAUUUGUGACUCUUUAUUGUUGCAUAGUUGAUAAUGUGAUCACUGAUUGUAUUGGACAGGCCUUUUGUCUCUGCAAUUAAACUGCAGACCAGUUUCUGUUCCCAUGGUCCAACAUGUGUUUAUUCAUCUUCAGUGGGUGUGCAUACACACGAGUACCAUAUCUGCCCAUAUGUGUUUGUACUAUGUGGACUCACCCGGCUGAAAGCAGGGUGUAUGAAUGUAUAUGGUAUAUGUACAAAUGAAUUUGUAGGAGUUUCAAAUCUUUCAGGUUAUUGCCAUUAGAGGCUGAUUAUACCUUUACUUUUACUGCAAUCAAGUAUUUUUAUUUCAAAGUACUUUAGUAGUUUUUUGCAAAUAAAAUGUAUUUUGGCGCCUCGCAUGAAACCAAGAUAAAUAUGGUUGGAAAGUGAAAAGCACUUUGACUGUGACGACGACUCAGAUUACAACAUUCACUGUUUUUCAAUAACGGUUUUAUAUUUAAUACUUUCAGAUGUACAGUUAUAAUCGGAACAGUAUCUUUCUCAACCAUGUAGCUAUGCUAGCAGUGUGAUGAGUCCACCCAUUUGGUCCAGAGUGAAUUAGCUUAAUAAUUAACUGUACGAUUGCUGUGAAUGUUAAAUAGAAGUUUUACAGAAUUUAUACAAGUUUCCACAGAAUGAAAUGUUGUCUUUAUUGUCCGCAUCGUUUUCCUUCGUCAGACUGCAGUCAUUGGCCUUGUAAAUAAGCAAAUGUCAGCUUGCUAGUACUCUUAUUUAAAAUGGCAAAUAUAAACCGCAAAACAUUAGCAAGAUAACAUUUCCUUUUGAUUAUACCCACCCAGGUGGCUGGCUGCGUUAUAUGGCACAUGUCAAAUAAAAUCCUCUCAAAGAUG